CUUCAGACCCUCUCAAUCUGAAUCUCUAGCGGGCGACUAACCUCCACCGGAGUAGACAGAUUGAGGCCUUAACAAACAAAACCUCCACUACCGGAAUGAAUCCGGUACAGAAUAGUGAGUUGGCUCCUCGACUAAAGUCACCAACUCCCUACCUUCAAUCAAGGAUGCUCUAUCAACCUAGGCAGAUAUUCUCAUUCUAGGUUAAAGCAGAAACAACAUGAAUUUGAUCAGGAUUCAAGUCAUUCAAUCAUUCAAACCUCAAUCGAAUAUAAUUAGAUCAUAGAAUCAGUACUUGGGUUCAUACAAUCAAAGCCUAACAUACAAAUCUAGGGUUCUCCAUACCCAGAUGAAUGGGAGAACUACUCCAUGGAGAAAGAAGCAAAAGUAGAAUCAGACGCGGAAUUCAUACUGUGAAGGAUGGAUUCCUGCUCCUGGACGUUGAUCGGCACUUCUCCAAGCUCAAACUGGCCUCCAAUGGUGAUGAAGAUCAAGCUAGGGCACUUGGAGACUCUUGUUCGUCGCUUUCUCUCUCUAGGAAUCGCUCUAUCUCUCUCAAAACUCGAAUCCCCUUCUCUUAGGCUGAAAAUCUGCUUAAAAGGGCAUCACUGGCCAAAGCACGAUCGAGGGCACGGCCGUGCUUUGCCUCAGCCCGCCCGUGCUUUGGCUAGUGUUAAUUACACGGCCAGUGCAUUGGGAGAAACACGGCCGUGCUUUGGAGAGAACACGGCCGUGCUUUGGGAGAACACGGCCGUGCUUUCAGCCCGUGUAAUCAGCUCAUGUUUGCCAAACUCGAAUUAGCUCUCGGCAGUAAAAGCACGGCCACAGAACACGGCCGUGUUUUGGAGAGAACACGGCCGUGCUUUGGGAGAACACGGUCGUGUAAUGAAUUAGGUGUGCCCGUGUUUUGGCUCCAGCUCGACGAAAUGACUUCUGAAUGCCCCGAAACUCGUGCUUAGCCUUUCCUUUGACGCCUGGGACCUGAAAUAUGACAAAAUAGCACAACCCGGCGUAAAAUAGGCCAAAAGUACACGACUAUGCCCCUCAAACGGAUAAGAACUAGGGGCACAAAUAUGUGCAAUUACAUCGUUAUCAAUGGGCAAUAAGUUAUUUCGAAAUAACUCAUUUUACCACUAUGCUUUUGCCAAAUACCAUGUUUGCAUGGUUAUACUAAACGAGAUACUUUAAUCCAAUUACUACUUAAAUAAUACUAAAAUACCAAAUAAAUAAUUAAUGGUGUCUUUUGGUUGCAAAUGUUGAUAUCAUCAUUACUAUUAGCUAGUGUACUUUACCAAUUAAAAUUAAUUACAUAACAAGUUUACAAGUCAUACAAAUUGAUUCAACAUUUUAACUUAAAAAAAAAUAGUAUAUAUAUGAGGUAGAAAGAAAUUGGUUAAAAAUUUAGAAAAACAUUUUAAAUUAGUGUAAUAAAAUGUGUAAGUUGGUAACGAGUAAGUAGUAAGUUACUCGAUGCGCUGAUCCGAACAACUCGCAACCCGAUCCGUCCGCAACCCGCCUGACCCAAAAAUUGAUAAACUUGCAACCCGAUUGAACGCAAACCCGAUAAACCCACAAUCCGUUUGAACUCGAACCCGAUGAACUCGCAACCCGAUGAACACGAAACUCUUAGGUUGAUCUGUAAGCCGGAAAUUGCCUGGAAACAGACGAGGGUAGCCAAUAAGUUACGCACCUCUGAUUCAUUAGCUUCACAAAAGAGGAUAACAUCAUCCGCGUAGAGCAAGUGUGUGACUUCCCCACGAUGCCUUUCUUCAUCAAUACAGAAACCGCUAAUGUGCCCAGCAUUCUUUAUUUCACAGAGGAUGAAAGAGAGGAUAUCCAUACCAAGGUUGAAGAGAAAGAGUGAAAGUGGAUCGCCUUGAUUAAUACCACGACUCAUUCCGAAGAAGCCAACAGAUUCCCCAUUAAUUAAAAUGGAUAGUAUCGAUGAAGAAAUCAAACCUUUAAUCCAUUUUCGAAACCUGGAAUGCAAUCCAAGAUGAGUCAGGGCUUUAAAGAUGCACUCCCAAGAGAUGGAGUCAAACGCUUUCUCAAUGUCCAGGUUAAUUACUAAUUCGGGCUUCCCACUUCUUCUUCUACUGUCGAUUAAUUCAUUGGCAAUCAAACAAGAUUCAUGAAUCACUCUGCCCUUUUUCCCUGCAAACUGAUAAUCUGAGAUGAGAGUGUUCAUAAGGGGUUGAAGUUGAUUGAACAACACUUUUGUGAUGACCUAAUUGACGCUUCCUCAUAAGCUGAUCGGGCGAAAAUCAUAGACCUUUUCGAGUGGAUCCCUUUUGGGCAGCAAGCAAAUGAAUGCAUGAGCGAUUGAUUGAGGGAGAGAGCCAGACAACAAUGAAACAUUGGUGGUGCCCCAGUAGCAUAUGCAUGUUUUCAUUAGAGGGAUGUUUGCCUGAUGUAAGUAGAGACCAUAAGUGAUCUAUGUAGAGAAACAGAGUUGUGAAUAUCUUAAUGGGAAGUAAAUUGCAGUAGCAUUUUUAGAAGCAAAAUCUGCAGUUUUUUACAACAGCAACAUCGAACAUGGAAAAAAGUAAUUGAGCAAAACAAGUUGUAGAUUGCAUAAUAUUCGACAAUCAACUUAAACUUGUACUAACCAACUGAAAUGGUUAAGACAUAACGAUAACAGUCAAGUUGGAAAUAGUAGUUCCAUGUCCAUGAGUGGUCUAAAAUGCAACGUAAGAUAAAAGAAAUUCGAGGGAGUUCCUGAGCUGUAAUGUUCAGGUCCCAUUUCCUGUUUCUGAAGUCUGCAAUCAUGAUAAAAUGUAGGAUGAUAU